AUAAAAUGAAGUACACUCUAUAAAAAAUACACAAGUAAAAUAAAUAAUUUUAAUAAACAUAAUAAAUACACAAGAAGUAUCUGAACGAAGAAGGAUUUUCAAGAAAUAUUCAUUUAAUUACAAAUUAAAUUACUACCUUCCAAGAUGAAAUUCACUUAUCUUCAAAGCAUCACUGUGAUCAUAUUUCUGAUAGUUGUUCGAAUUACUGGCGAGCAAAGAUUCGCGGAAACUCCAGCCCUAUAUCAAGAAGUCUCCUCCGGUGAAGAUGUACAAUUAAGGUGCAGGGUACAGGACAAACGGGGUCAAUGUAUAUGGCAGAAGGACCGGAAACCAGUGGGUAUGCAUCCGGAUAAGUACGAAUGGGCCAGCGGACGCGGUAGCGAUUGCACCCUUCUUAUCAGGAGAGCCUCCCUCGACUUCGAUGACGGCUACUGGGAGUGUCAAGUCACUUCUGGUGACUUCACGCGACAGGACGCCUUAACUUCUUUACCAUCUCGUCUUUUAGUUAGGGUAAAACCCCGCAAACCACGGUUGGAAUAUGGAGGGACGAUUUUAAACUCUGCCCUAACUCUAAGGGAAGGCCAAGAAGUUACCAUUUCCUGCGUAUCAAGAUAUGGAAACCCACCGGCGCUUAUCAAAUGGUACAUAGGAGGGGAUGAAGUAGAAGCAUUAAGGGAGCAGACAAACGCGACAGAAGUGGAUAGUCCGAAAACCUGGGCAGCCCACAGCCUCCUCCGUGUCCGUGGACAAAGGGAAAACCAUGGUCUGCCGAUUCGGUGCAUCACGAUGCAUCCAUCCAGCGUCGUUCCAACAUCUGCGGAAACACGACUGGAUGUGCAUUACUCCCCAGAUGUAAGAAUAGAAACGAAGCCCCGACUCCUGGUGGCGGCACUGGAGGAUUCGGCCAGCUUUAUGAGCCUGAAAUGCUUCGCGGAUGGCAAUCCCAGCGGAACGAUCAAGUGGUUCAAGGAUUCAACUCCCAUCGCGGUAACAAGCAACGUGGUGGCGUUGAUGCUAAACAGAACGCAGCAGAACGGCACGAUGACCGGCUCCGAGUUGAGAUUCGAGCCGGUCAAGAGAAACGAUGCCGGUCUCUAUUCUUGCAAGGCGGUCAACGUUAUCGGUGAAAGCACCGCGGCUAACUAUAGACUGGACGUACAAUAUGGUCCCAGAUUAAAAUCAGAAGAUCCUACUUACAACGACACCACGCAAAAAUUCGAAGAAACGACUCUGCUUGGUACAAGCUUGGAACCCUUCGAGUGUAUAGAUUUUGAAGCAAAUCCUCCACCUCAAUAUCGAUGGGUGCAUCUUCGUGGUGGCGUGACGGAGACCAUUGAGAAUCCGCUGCAGACCAAAGACGGUGGAAAACGUUUACAUUUGAAGAACGUGAUGUGGUCCGACGAAGGGGAAUAUCGAUGCGUGGCAUUCAAUGUGAUCAACGGAGUGCGGAGAGAAAUGCCCAGCGAGGCUCGUUACGUGCUGCACGUAACCGGACCGCCUGAGAUACAGGCGAGGCCGUCUUCCGGUGGAAAGGGCAUUUACGAGUCACUAGGAUGGGCCGGAGAACCGGAACACACUUUGAAGUCUCGCUUUUGUUCGAGACCUCCACCUAGACUCGUUGCUUGGCAAUGGGGAAGCUCGCAUAUCAGAGCUGGCGAGAGUAUUCAUCCAAAAUACGAAGCAUUAUCGUUAGAGCAUAUCAAGGAAAACGAUAUGCCAACUAAUUGCUACUGGGCGAAGCUAAUGAUCAAAGAUCUCCAAAUAGAGGAUGCUAGAAUAUACACCCUCUUAGUAGAAAGCGAAAAGGGUAGAGAUUCCACUAAUAUCAAACUAACUAUUCGUGACCCAACGGAGAUGAGAGUAAUUGCAGCAGCAGCUGCAGUAGGGCUAUUGUUUCUUCUUCUUCUAAUAUCCAUUACUGUAUAUUUAGUGUUAAGGUUGAAGAAUAGAAGAUAUCGUCGAGAAGAAGAUGGUAGCAUUGCUGCAGAUGCAUUAUAUAGCAAUACACCUACAGCAGAUAGACAGAAGAAUGUGAACUCAUCUCAAAAUAAAGCGUAUGUGAGAAAGACGAACACGGAGGGUGGAUUGGCUGUUACGUAUGAUUAUGACCAGAUCACGAAGCAGGUGCGCGCCAUGAGCCCAGAAGCACUGAAAGUCAGGCGAGCACCAGCUGUUCUUCAACCACCAACCAUUGUAUAACUGUUGAUAUGCUCAUUGCCAUGACGAUCGUCGAUAACUGACGGUGAACUGUUCUAUUGUGACUUACCUAUUAUUGACCAUAUUGUGUAGAUCCGUCUUCACUAAAAACAAGUCAUAUUUUGUAUUACUUGUGAUUGAAAAUUGAAAUAGUAGAAUUCAUAGACCCUCUAUAGUAAUUCUACAGAAUCUCCACUUAUCUUUUUCUUAAAGAUGAAGUUUAUAUAAAAUUUGGCAAUAUUAUUGGUAUAUUGCCACAAAUAAAAUUUAAUAGAUGUGAUAAUUUCAUUACAAAUGAUAUUAAGUACUGUGAGUACUUGACUGAUUGAUUUGGAGGAAUUUUCUAUUUUAUUAAUUGAAAAUUGAAUUAUUUGUUGUUGCUACUAUUGUUAUAUUUUAAACUGAUUUUAAACUUUAUUAAUGUAAUUUUGUAGUAAGUAGAUACUAGAUUUGUAAUAUUGUUUAUGCAACAUAAAUGCAUUUUUAUAUCAAUGUACUGGAAUUAUAUUUUUAGUAUUCGCGUGACUGAUCUCGUUGUUGAACAUCGUUUCCCUUGUUACAUACUCAGAGUCUUACAUCGAUACUUAUUUUUGCGACGAUAUGUUUGUGUAAAAGAAAAUGCCAAAUAAUAAAUAUAUGUACAUAUUAGAUAAUUACGUACAGAAAAUGCUACUUAGUGCUAUAGGAAAUACUUAGCUAAUGUUAAUAGUACUGUAUAUGAUGAAUCUUGCACUAUAAAGUAACAU